AUGGCUACAAUAAGCAUACCAGCUGCUAUUCUCCCCACCAUACGCGAUCUUGUUCCCUAUCUCGUCACCUUGACAGCCUGGAUGUAUCGCCAAGACAUCAUUUCUCACCUCCUCCCGGUAUCCUCGCGCCUGAGGUGGCCGCCAUGUCUCCUGCCACUCUUGUUGUAUCUGGCUCUGCGUUUCAGCCUCCUGCUGCCGUCGUCAUGCGUGAGCAACUACUGCAGUCUGGAGACAUGGCUGGAGAGCUUGGUCGAGGCUGUUUUGCCCGGUUUUUUCCGGAUUCACGAUGUCUUCCUCGAGGCGGGUUAUGAAUACUUUAUGCCUUUUUGGGCGUUUUUUUCGGUCCUCUGCUUUCCGCCUGUAUUUGCCGUUCAUGUUGUCAGAUCUCUCCAGCAGCCCUCAGGCCAAAGGUGGGUGUACUUUGGCGAUGGUUUCCUCGCCAAGGCCGUCGCCCCGUUCCUGAGGCAGAUAGGGGCGCUUGCGUUUGCAUGCUGCGACCACCUGAUGAUGCCGUUGGCUGUUUAUUCUGCCGGCAUUCGCUCUGCCUGGGAACACACCGAUAGAUACACUCCGCACGAAAGCAAGCACAUAAUCGAUGGUCAUGUCUACGUCGGCCCGAUACACGCCAAGUUCAAGGUGAGCAACGACAAAGACAAGAGAAUAACCACGUCACAUUACUAUUACCCGGAGCCCCUUGGCGGCAGACAUAUCUGGUAUUCUAAGGAAUCCUUCUACGGAGGCGUCUCGGCCAGUGCAUAUUGGGUCUACGAUGGCCCAAUGGAACAGACGAGCUCUUCCGAUAAAGGGAAGAAGUCCAAGAAGUAA